AUGGCUGCCUGCAACCUGGCGCUAGGGCUGUGGCUCCUGCUGCUUCUCCGGGAUAUCCAGACAGCCCCGCAGACAUCGUUAACCUCAGCUCAUUCCUGUGAUACGCUUGAGAAUUGGUUCUAUGAUGAAACUUCACGGAGCUGCUGUUACCAGUGUCCCUCAGGCUACGUUAAAAAGAAAGCAUGUCCUAAGGACCCUGGUGAAGACUGCAUGACGUGCGGACCUGAACAAUACGUGAAUGAAGAAUUCCCAAAGCCACGAUGUGACGCUUGUGUUUCAUGUGCAAAAGAAUCCGACCUUGUGGAGAAAAAGCCCUGCUCCUUCAAUUCUAGCCGCGUGUGUGAGUGCCGCCCGGGCUUGUUCUGCCAGACUGCGGUUCAGUACACCUGCUCGCGAUGCCAGCAGCACACGGUUUGCCAGCCUGGGUUUGGAGUCAAAGUCAGAGGGACCUCUAUAAGUGAUGUUACUUGUGAAAAGUGCCCUGCUGGGACCUUCUCUGAUCAAAACUCCAGCACCGACAUCUGCAAGCCUCACACAGACUGUGCCAAGUUAAACAAAGUAGCACUAAGCAAAGGAAAUGCCACACACGAUCAGGUUUGCCUGGACCAGUUGCCCACCUACCUCACCCCAAGCACUUUGUCCAUGAGAUUCAGCAAUGAAACAAAUAACUCUGACCUAAGGAGGUUUGAGGAAAACCUGGUGACCACUGCUAAUAUCCUUUUAAGUGUCGUGACAACUGAAAACCCCAGUUCAACUCCUGAGGAGAAAACUCUGGCUGGCACUUCUCCUACCUCAGCCAAGGGGCAGGUGACAACGGGAGGUCAAGUUCUUUGGGGAGUGGUUCUCUCUGUGGUAGUGCUGCUUGCAGGCAUGCUGUUAUUUUGGAAAUGGAAGGUUUGCAAAAAGCAGAUCCUCAUCCUCAAAGGAAAGCGUUCUGAUCUAGUGAGCAAAUGUGCAAAGAUCAUACUGACCUCUGACGGUGGGCCAGAAGAGAAGGAGUUAAUCAACAGCACCGUCCCUUUGGAAGCCAACAAUAACUUGGUCUGCAGCACGGAAAAAGCAUAUAGUCCUGACCUGAGUCUGAGUGAAGUGACACAGAGCAAUGGGAAUGCACCAGAUUGCCCUAUCGAUUCUCGAGUCAGAGACCACACAAAUAAUCGAAUUG